AUGAAACUGCAGUUGGAAAUGUUUUAUUCAAAAUGUCAUACAACGAGAAACGAUACGAUAAAAAUGACUAUUCGCUCGGAAUUGCCCUUGUGAAAAAGUGCAGCGAUUUAGACUACACUGGGCGAGUCAUCGUUUGAUGCAAGAAAGAAAUGAAGAGUUUGGUUCCAAAAUGAGUAACUCCGUUUUUAGAAUUUUUCAAAAAUCAUGUUUUUUUAUUGUGCAUUCUAAUUAAUAUCAAUCAAACUGCAGUUGGUUAGUUUUGAUUUAAGCCAUAAUAACUCAAAAAAUUCAGCUAACUAACACAAUAAAACAUGAUAACAUAAUAAAAACAUUAUUUAUUUCAAAUUUAGGUGCACUAACUAAUAAUACAAUAUAUAGGCUAUAUUUUCACUGAGGAUAAGACUAUAAAAGCUAUGAAAUGAAAUGCAAGAAGUCUGUCACUUUGUAACAUUGAUUCCCAUAGUAUUUAUUUUCCCUACUAUGGCAGUAAAUGGCAGAUGAGGGCUGAUUGGUUACUGAUAUUCUUCCAAAUAUCUACAUUUGUGUUCAGCAGAACAAAGACAUUUUUAAACAGGUUUGGAACAAUCUGAGGACCCAUAUGACGAUGAUCCAGAUGUUUUAAGAGCAGGAUUGUCCUGUGGUCACAUCACUGGUCCAGAAACACUGACAGAAUACUGCAAAACACAGCUGGCUGAGGUAAGUGUUGUUUAUCAUGUAAACGUUUUAAAUAAAACAAUUACGUCAAAUUAUCCUUUUCUUCUCCAUUCCUCAAGAAUGUUGUGUUUUAACCUAAGUUGUGUUUGCAGACAAAAAUAAAUCCUUUGUGAUAAUGUCAUUUUAAAGCAUGGGUCCCCAAAUUUAUCGUGGAGGGCCAGAGAUUAGUUUCAAUCUGCCUCAACACACCUGCCUGCAAGUUUCUGCUGUGCCUACACUCUUCAAAUUUGUUGGUUGUGUUAUUUAUUUAUUAAAUUUAUUACAAAUGAUGUUGUCCCAAGAAAUAUCACAGAGAUGCGUUCAGUUAAGGACAACACAUUAAUCCACUGUUUUAAGAGUGCAGUAAGAUCUUGAUUAGCUGUUUCAGGUGUGUUUGAUUAGGGACCAGUCUGGGAACCCCUAUUUUAAACUAUUUUUAAAUGUAUAGAGAUCAUGCUCAAAAAUGUAAAUUGCAGGGUAAAGCAGAGCUGAGAUGCCCUUUGUGUAAUGAACAAUGGUCCUACAGUGAAGUGGAAGAAGUAGCUAAACUGACACUUGAAGAGCAACAAUUCUUUCAGGAAAAACUUGCCAACAACGCUACUAGAAAGGAAGACAUCAAGAAUUGUCCUGGUUGUAACUGGUUCAUCGAGAGAACAGACUCAGCUAAUAUUUGUGUUGAAUGUACAGUGUGCACUGCAAGAAAUGGCAAAACCUUUGAGUUCUGUUGGCAAUGUGAAAGAGAAUGGAAGGGUCAUCGUCCUCGAUCUGAUCGAUGUGACAAUGAAGGAUGCAGCUAUCUGGAUUUACUUAGAGAUUGUGGAACUAUCACUUUAACAGAUGCUAGUAAUAUUAUCUGUCCAGCUGUCCGUGCCUGUCCAACAUGUGGCUUACUGAUUUCACACAGCACAGAGCACUGUAAGAACAUUAUAUGCAUUAGAUGCAGAAAAGAAUUCUGUUUUUCCUGUCUCAAGCUCACACCAGAGUGUUUGAAGACAAGUACAUGGUGGGUUCCCUGUUCAGAUGGUGUGGCUGCACGACAAACAUCAAUUCCAUUUUGGAAAGAUAACCAAUAAAUUACAAACACAAAGACACUGUAAAGAAAGUAUGUGUAGUUGCAUGUAAG